CCUCUCCGCCGCUUCUUCCGCGCGCGCCGCGCCGCGCCGCCCUCUUCCCCCGGCUCCUCGUGUUUGUUUCUCUUCUCUUCUUAUCCGCCGAAGCCCGAAGGAGAAAAACACCCACCAGAAACCCAGGACGAGGAAGAGUCUGCGGCCGAUCGUGGAUGUCGCCACCGACGAACGGCGCCAUCUCGCUCGCCUACGCGCCGUCCAUGAUGCUGGGGGCGGGCGCCCUGACGAACCCGCCGCUCCUCCCCUUCGACGGCUUCACGGAUGAGGACUUCCUCGCCUCCGCCGACGCCGCUCUCCUUGGCGAGGCUGGUACCGACCAGACCCUCCUCCUGCUGCCCUCGUGCCCCGGGGCGAACUGCUGCGGCGGCAGUAGCUCCGACCAGGGUCUCGGAGCCCUAGCGUGUGAGGUCACAACCGCCGGAUCCUUCUCGCUCUUGGGCCAGCCUGCGCCUGGGCAGGUUUCGUGGGAGGUGACGACUGCCGUCGCUGCGGACCGCAACACCUUCUCGCGCGCACGCGACCCUGCGCCCUCACCACCACCGUCCCCGGCGCUGCCGCUCGUGCAAACCACCUCCCAGUCCCAGAGGACCUCCAUCUACCGCGGGGUGACCAGGCACAGGUGGACGGGGCGGUACGAGGCGCACCUGUGGGACAACACGUGCCGUAAGGAAGGCCAGAAGCGCAAGGGGCGCCAAGUCUAUUUGGGUGGCUACGACAAAGAAGAUAAGGCUGCAAGGGCAUAUGACAUUGCCGCUCUGAAGUAUUGGGGUGAUAAUGCUACUACUAACUUCCCUAGAGAGAACUACAUCAGAGAGAUACAGGAUAUGCAGAACAUGAACAGGCGUGAUGUUGUAGCAUCACUGAGGAGGAAGAGCAGUGGCUUUUCUAGAGGAGCAUCAAUCUACAGAGGAGUAACAAAGCACCACCAACAUGGACGCUGGCAGGCAAGAAUCGGCCGUGUUGCAGGGAACAAGGAUCUGUAUCUUGGAACUUUCGCAACCGAGCAAGAGGCUGCAGAGGCGUACGACAUCGCGGCACUGAAGUUCAGGGGCGAGAAUGCCGUGACCAACUUCGAGCCCAGCCGGUACAACCUGCUAGCGAUCGCUCAACGAGACAUCCCCAUCCUGGGGAGGAAGCUGAUUCAGAAGCCAGCUCCGGAGGCAGAAGACCAGGCCGCUCUGAGCGCUCGUUCGUUCUCCCAGUCCCAGCAGUCGAGCAACAGCUUGCCACCGUAUUUCCUCACCAACCUCCUGCAGCCGCUGCCGUCGCAGCACUCACUAGCUCAGGCUCUGCCGAGCUACAACAACUUGGGGUUCGGGGAGCCCAGCUUGUACUGGCCCUGCCCCUGCGGUGACCCGGGGGAGCAGAAGGUGCAGCUUGGCAGCAAGCUGGAAAUCGUGGACGGUCUCGUGCAGCUGGCCAACUCUGCUGCGAACUGACAGUGCUAUCUGAAAUGCUGGUUGUUUUGCUUGUGUGGCUCGGGGUCGGGGGUACGUUCAUGGAACUGAUAGCCUGAGCCCUGAAGAUAGCGGGGUAUAACAUACAUUGUGCCGUUUGUUUGUCGUAUUUUGGUGUAUCGUAUUUUGGUGUACAAAGGCAUCCAAGAGUCUAGUCAAGCUAACUAGAUGAUAUUAUCGGGUGUAUGAUCUCUCUACCGGAAUGGCUUAAGGCAUUCACCACAGACGAAGUGCUACAUUGUUAAUGAGAAACAACACUGGAUGUGUGGUUAGUCUCUCC